AGAUUUCUUUCGAACAACAAUUCCUGCUGAUUUUUAUUAAACAACGAAGAGUCUUCGAGAGCAGAGCUUUUAUUUGCGACGUGACAAACACAAUUGGUUGGCUUGCACAUAAGCGUAGUUCCAGUUAUUAAAAAAAGUGCAACAACAGUGGUAAACUAAGUGAAUUUCCUGCGACGCAGUUCCGAGUGAUUCUCUGACUAUUCAAAAUGCGCACAGCUGUGCUACUGCCUCUUUUGGCCCUGCUGGCGGUGGCCCAGGCCGUUUCUUUCGCCGAUGUGAUCAAGGAGGAAUGGCAUACAUUCAAGCUUGAGCACCGCAAGAACUACCUUGAUGAAACCGAGGAACGCUUCCGCCUUAAGAUCUUCAAUGAGAACAAGCACAAGAUUGCCAAGCACAACCAGCGAUUUGCCGAGGGAAAGGUGAGCUUCAAACUGGCGGUCAACAAGUACGCCGAUAUGCUGCACCACGAAUUCCGUGCCCUGAUGAACGGCUUCAACUACACUCUGCACAAGGAGCUGCGCGCUGCCGAUGAGAGCUUUAAGGGUGUCACCUUCAUCUCGCCGGCUCAUGUGACCCUGCCCAAAUCUGUGGACUGGCGCCAGAAGGGAGCUGUGACCGCCGUCAAGGAUCAGGGACAUUGCGGCAGCUGCUGGGCCUUCUCCACCACAGGAGCCCUGGAGGGUCAGCAUUACCGCAAGACUAGAGUGCUGGUCUCGCUCUCCGAGCAGAACCUGGUCGAUUGCUCCACCAAGUACGGCAACAACGGAUGCAACGGCGGUCUCAUGGACAACGCCUUCCGUUACAUCAAGGACAAUGGAGGUAUUGACACCGAGAAGUCGUAUCCCUAUGAAGCCAUCGAUGAUUCCUGCCACUUCAACAAGGGCACAAUCGGAGCCACCGAUCGUGGAUUCACCGAUGUGCCUCAGGGUGAUGAGAAGAAGAUGGCAGAGGCUGUGGCCACCAUUGGACCCGUUUCCGUUGCCAUCGAUGCCUCCCACGAAUCCUUCCAGUUCUAUUCGGAGGGUGUCUACAACGAGCCCCAGUGCGAUCCCCAGAACCUGGACCAUGGUGUGCUGGUUGUUGGUUUCGGCACCGAAGAGACUGGCGAGGAUUAUUGGCUGGUGAAGAACUCGUGGGGCACCACCUGGGGCGAUAAGGGAUUCAUCAAGAUGCUGCGCAACAAGGACAACCAGUGCGGCAUUGCCAGCGCCUCCAGCUAUCCCCUGGUCUAAUCCAGAACUGAUGUAUUUUAGCCACAGCCUUCAUAUGAUAUGAUAUACAAAAAAAACCAUACCAACGCAAGCAUCUCAAAAAGGAACUUUAAUAAUUUAGCCCAACCUCAUGUCCUAAA